AUGUAUUGUAAGUUUGUAACUGCAUAAUGAACUCAACUAUCAACAAUUAAAUAAUUAAAUUCUUUCCCAACCCAUCACCACCACCACCCCUUCUCACCCAACAAAAUUAAGGAAAUGAAGAAGACCUCCUCUCUCUCCGAGCUCGGCUUCAGCGACGCCGCUACCACAGCCUUCUUCCGCCAGAUCAAAGAUGUCGCCGCCUCCUCCUCCGCCGCCGCCGGCGAUGCCGACGCCCCGUCGCAGCCCAACCACCGCAUCAAGAUCUCCAUCGUCGGCGCCGGCAACGUCGGCAUGGCCAUCGCGCAGACCAUCCUCACCCAGGACUUGGCGGACGAGAUCGCGCUGGUGGACGCGAAGCCGGAGAAGCUGCGGGGGGAGAUGCUGGACCUGCAGCACGCCGCGGCGUUCCUGCCGCGGGUGCGCAUCGUGUCCGGCACCUACUACGCGGUGACGGCAGGGUCGGACCUGGCGAUCGUGACGGCGGGCGCGCGGCAGCUGCCGGGCGAGACGCGCCUCGACCUGCUGCACCGCAACGUCGCGCUCUUCCGCACCGUCGUGCCGCCGCUGGCGCAGCAUUCCCCGGACGCGCUGCUGCUGGUCGUGUCCAACCCCGUCGACGUGCUCACCUACGUCGCCUGGAAGCUCUCCGGCUUCCCGCCCAACCGUCUCUCCGGCUUCCCGCCCAACCGGGUUAUCGGAUCCGGCACCAACCUUGACUCCUCCCGCUUCCGCUCCCUCCUCGCCGACCACCUCGAGGUCAACGCCCAGGACGUCCAGGCGUACAUGGUAGGGGAGCAUGGGGACAGCUCGGUGGCGCUGUGGUCGAGCAUCAGCAUCGGCGGCGUGCCGAUGCUGAGCUCGCUGCGGGAGAGCGACGUCGAGUUCGAGCAGGCGGUGCUGGAACGCAUCCGCAAGGCGGUCGUCGGCAGCGCCUACGAGGUGAUCCGGCUGAAGGGCUACACCUCCUGGGCCAUCGGCUACUCCGUCGCCAGCCUCGCGCGGUCCCUCCUCCGUAACCAGCACCGCAUCCACCCCAUCUCCCUCCUCGCCAGCGGCUUCCACGGCAUCCCCGACGACCGCGAGGUCUUCCUCAGCCUCCCUGCCGUCCUCGGCCGCUCCGGCGUCAUCCGCAUCCCCUCCGUGCAGCUCACCGAGGAGGAGGGCAAGCGCCUCCGCAAGUCCGCCCAGACCCUCUGGGAGAUUCAGCAGCAACUCGGUCUCGCCAAUUGACCGAUUAGAUUUAUUGAAUCUGAAGAAGCUUUAUUAAUAACACUACGUAUUUAAUAUCUGCCUUUUGUUGUCUCUAUAUUGGCACGAUCUUAUUUUGGAGCAUUUGUUUAAAAAUACAUACUUCCUUAAGAGACCAAAAAAAAAAUUCUAAUUUUUCUUCCUGCAUCCUGACUCUUCCAUGUAAUAAAUAGCCCAUUUUAAUACGUGUAUAUGCUAAGAAUCAA